GACUUUAAGUACACAUUAAGUGGCAUUAAGUAAAGUAUAUAAACGGGGCUCUUUCUAGACCUUCACAAAAACUUCCUCUGAGAAUCUAAAGGCGACGAUCGGAAAAUCAAGGUUAAUUUCAGGUUCAUCAUGGCAAUGCUGAGAAGUGUAAUUCUUCUUUUCUUUAUCUUCUCCAUGGGGAACGCGGACGUUAAUUUAGUUGAAAGAUGCCCCUAUGGAUGGACAAAUUUUGGACUGCAGUGCUACAAGUACUUCUCUCAGUCGGUGACCUGGAUCACAGCAGAGAAAAACUGUCAAGCUCUCGGUGGAAAUCUCGUAUCUGUUCAUAGUAAAGCGGAAAAUGAUUUCGUGCUGAGUCUGGUGCCUUCUUCUUCCACCCGAUUUUGGGCUGGUGCUCAUGAUGGUGAACAAGAAGGACAGUGGUUUUGGAGUGAUGGAAGUGUGAGUGGUGACUUUAUCAACUGGUGCUCUGCAGAACCCAAUAACGCUGGUGGAUCUGAGAACUGUCUGGAGCUCAGCUAUAGCUCUAACCGUUGCUGGAACGAUUUGUCCUGUUCAUUCACACUGAGCUAUGUGUGUAUUAUAGAGAUAUGAGAUCAUAUGCAGUCAUCCUGCUCCAGAUAUACUUUGAUUGAUUGUGCUAUACACGUUUACUUUUUCUGAUCUUACAUUUACAAAAAUGUUCUUCUAAAAUCAAAUCUCUUCUAAACAUUCAUCUCUUCUCAAUAUUUUCUCUGUAACACUCCUCAAAUUAAUAAAAGCAUUGAUAAAGCAAAUCA